AUAUAAGAUGAAUAGUAUAAUUGAGAGGGUCAAAAUUAAAAAAGUUAAAGAGUGAAUUAUAAAAAAAAUACAACUAAAAUAUUUCAUUUUUAUUGAUUCUAUAGUAAAUUAUGUCGUGUUUAUUGAAACAUACUUUAAUUAUUUAUAACAAUAACAUAUUCGAUAAAAAGAGAUAUAUGAGGAAGUUUGAGUGUAUACCCACUUUGUGGCCAAGGGUCAUUCGAACCCCAUUCGAACGAAAAAUUACUAUUCAUAUAUGGCUAAAAGAUAUUUUUUAUUAUUUAUGUUGAACCGCUUUUGGUUAGUUUGAUUUUGAAUUUAUUCGUGAAAAUUUUAGCUAUGCCACAUUUAACAUCCCUUGGUUGUUCGGAGAUAGAGAUGUUGUUUCUGAAACGCGGGUGACUCUAGUAAUACCUUAACAAUGUAGACAAUGUGAUGGAUGAAACUAUGUAGAGAAGGUGUUUGAUGAAACUUCCCAAAGAAGAAACCUGAAGUGAUUAAUCUAUUUGUUAUUCGUUAACAUAUACAUUGUUGUUGCUAAUCCUUCAUAAUGUGUAUAUUAUGAACAAUCAUGACUCUUGUUAAGCAAUGUUAUUUUUCAGGUAUCAUUAAAAAUGGUUUAUUUGGGCACAGCUGCAGGUGUAGCAGCAUUGCUUCAGGUGUCUUGUUGGACGCUUACUGCAGAGCGACAAGUGUCACGACUAAGGGUAUUGUAUUUAAGAAGUACUGUGCGACAAGACGUUAGUUUCUUUGAUAAGGAAGUAAAUACAGGGGAAGUUAUUGGGAAAAUGUCUGGUGACAUUUUUGUCAUACAAGAUGCUAUGGGCGAGAAGGUGGGGAGGCUCAUAAAGUGCACGGCAAUGGUAAUAGGAGGAUUUGCUACUGCGUUCAUCAAGGGGUGGCUUCUAGCAAUUGUUAUGCUAUCACCCAUUGUUCCACUGGCGAUAGUUCUUGGUGCCAUGUACCUCUUCAUGUCUAGAAAAGCUUCGCUUUCACAAAAAGCUUAUUCUAAAGCAGCUAAUGUAGUUGAGCAAACAAUAAGUUCCAUCAGAACAGUUGCAUCGUUCACAGGUGAAAAGGAGGCUUGCGAGAAGUAUGAUAAGUCGUUAGAGAAGGCAUACAGAUCUGGUGUACAUGAAGGACUUGCAAAUGGCUUAGGCAUGGGAUCAGCCAAUUUUAUUCUCUUCUGCAAUUAUGCUUUGGCUUUCUGGUAUGGUGGAAAGAUGAUCUUGGAGAAAGGAUACACAGGAGGUUCAGUGUUGAGCGUAGCUCUAGCUGUGAUAACUGCUUCACUUUCAAUAGGUGAGGCAUCUCCUUGCUUAGCAGCAUUUACAGCAGGGACAGCUGCUGCUUACAAGAUGUUUGAGAUUAUAAAAAGAAAUCCAGAGAUUGAUGUGUACAACAAUAGUGGGAUAGUUUUGGAUGACAUCCGUGGAGAAAUAGAGAUAAAAAAUGUCUGUUUUAGCUAUCCAAGUAGACCAACAGACAGAAUACUCAACGAUUUUUCAUUGUUAAUCCCAAGUGGAAAAUCUACUGCUUUGGUUGGUGGAAGCGGAAGUGGGAAGUCCACAAUUAUUAGUUUAAUUGAGAGAUUCUAUGAUCCACAAUCAGGUGAAAUUUUUAUAGACGGACAUAAUCUCAAAGAGUUUCAGGUUAAGUGGAUUAGACAGAAAAUUGCUCUAGUAAGUCAAGAACCUACUUUAUUUUCAACUAGCAUUAAGGAAAAUAUUGCAUAUGGGAAAGAGGGAGCCACCAAAGAAGAAAUUGAAGCAGCAAUUGAGAUGGCAAAUGCAGCUAAAUUUAUUAAUAGGCUACCUGAGGGAUUAGAGACAAAUGUCGGUGAACGUGGAACUCAACUCUCUGGUGGACAAAAGCAGAGAAUUGCUAUAGCAAGGGCAAUUCUGAAAGACCCUCGUAUUUUACUUCUAGAUGAGGCAACAAGUGCUCUAGAUGCUGAGUCAGAGAGAGUUGUACAAGAAGCACUCGACAGAAUUAUGGUUGAUAGAACAACCAUAAUAGUCGCGCAUCGCCUAAGUACAGUGAGGAAUGCUGAUAAUAUUGCUGUCGUUCAUCAAGGCAAAGUUGUUGAGGAAGGUAAACACUUUGAGCUAUUGAAAGAUCCUGAGGGAGCAUACUCGCUACUGGUUCGCUUGCAGGAAGUAUCUCAAGAAAAAGAGCAACUUUGCCUGGAUGAUGCACAACAUUUUUCUACUGAGUUAAGACCUGAAUCUAGAAACAAUGAUGAUAUUACAGCAAUUGAAGAAAUUCCUGAGACUAGAUUGGCAAAAAGCUCAGAUAUUAAUUCAGAAGAAUCUACAAAGCUUGAAAAGAAUCCAGUUACUCGCCUUGCGUAUCUUAAUAAGUCGGAGUUUCCUAUAAUUCUUGUGGGAGCAAUAAUUGCAAUAAUAUCGGGUUGUGUACUCCCCGUUUUUGGACUAGUUUUAUCCAACACUGUUAAAUCAUUUUAUGAGCCACCAGAGGAUCUAAAGAAAGAUUCACAAUUUUGGUCACUCAUGAUUGUGGUUCUUGCAACAGUACUUCUGAUUACAUCUCCACUAGAGACACUAUUUUUUACUGUGGCUGGUUGUAAGUUGAUCCGACGAAUUAGAUCAAUGUGCUUUCAAAAGGUUGUCCACAUGGAAAUUGGUUGGUUUGAUGAGACAGAGAACUCAGUUGGAAGACUAGCCACAAAGCUCUCUACUGAUGCAGCUAUUGUUCGAGUUCUAGUCGGGGAUGUAUUGGCAAAAAUAACUAAAGAUCUUGCAGCUGCGAUUAUUGCGGCUAUGAUUGCUUUUCAGGCAAGUUGGUUGUUGUCUCUUCUUCUCAUAUCCAUGAUACCAUUCAUGGUAGGCAAUGUUUAUCUUCAUGGCAAACUCAUUCAAGGGUUCGGUUCAGACUCCAAGAAGUUGUACGAGCAAGCAAGUCAGAUAGCCAACGAUGCAGUCGGAAAUAUAAGAACAAUUGCUUCUUUUUCUGCAGAAGAGAAGGUAGUGGAGUUAUAUACGAAGGCAAGUGACAUUAAGGGAAAGACCAAAAAAGGAAUGAUCAGUGGGAUUAGUUACGCUGUUACAACUACCUUUUUAUUCCUUGUAUAUGCAGCAAGUGGUUACGUUGGAGCUCGACUUAUACAAGAUGGCAAAAUUACAUUUACUGAUUAUUUCCGCGUUUUCUUUGCUGUGUUUUUAGCAGCAUUAAGCGUUUCUCAGUCAAGCUUCAUCGUUAAUGAUUUAAAAAGAGCUAAGGGUGCUGCUGCUUCAAUAUUUUGUAUAUUAGAUAGAAAAUCGAAGAUAGAUUCAAGUAAAGAGGACGGUUUAACUUUAAACCAAUGCAAAGGAGUGAUAGAGUUUAAACAAGUAUGCUUUGCAUAUGCAACGAGGCCAGACAUCCAAGUUCUUAAUGGCUUCAGCUUGACAAUUUCGAGCGGACAGUCAGUUGCUUUAGUCGGAGAAAGUGGCUGCGGGAAGUCCACAGUGAUUUCACUCUUACAACGAUAUUAUAAUUUUUCUUCGGGUCAAAUUAUGCUUGACGGGAUUGACAUUCAAAAUUUCAAUUUGAAAUGGCUGAGGCAUCAAAUGGGGCUUGUGAGCCAAGAACCAGUUCUGUUUAACGACACAAUCCGAGCCAACAUAAUGUAUGGGAAGGAAGCUGGAGAGGCAACUGAAGCAGAAAUAAUCGCUGCAACAAAACUAGCAAAUGCCCACAAGUUCAUUUCUGGCUUACAACAGGGGUACGAUACCAUUGUUGGAGAGCGAGCUGUUAAGCUUUCAGGUGGUCAAAAACAACGAAUUGCCAUUGCACGAGCUAUUAUGAAGAAUCCAAAAAUAUUAUUGCUGGAUGAAGCUACGAGUGCACUCGAUGCAGAAUCUGAAAGGGUUGUCCAAAUGGCAUUAGACCAAAUCAUGGUAAAUCGAACUACAAUCAUCGUAGCACACAGAUUAUCGACAAUCAAAGAAGCAGACAUAAUUUGUGUGGUGAAAAAUGGAGUCAUUGUAGAACAAGGAAACCAUGAUACUCUUAUUAGUGAUGAAAAUGGACAAUAUACCUCUCUUGUCAGACAUCAUAUGGGAUCUAUCUAAUUUUUUUCUAUGUAUAUUUCUCAUUCAUCAUAUUCAUUUCUAAAUUGGAUUUUCUUGUGAUUCAUAUUUGUUAAAUUUGUCGAAAAUUUAAGAUAUUCAAUUAUAUACUAUUUUUUCUUUCAA